AUGCGUUACCGCACCGUCUUGAUGACAGGCUUCAAGGCCGGGGAAUCGAGUGAAGGUGUUGGGGAGCCUGGACGGGCAAACACACCGGCAGACGGAGCAAGGACAUGGCAUGUUCCAAGCUGCAAGCAUGCAAAGCCUCGAGGAAUGCCUGAACUUCGGCAUGUCUCCAAUCCCAUUUCCCUCAUGGCCCGAUGGAGGCUAGACUUGAUACGAUGCAUGGUGAGCGCUCUUCCUCAUCUCGUGAGUAGACGUAGCACAUGCAGGCCUGUGCCGCCGGAGGGUAUUGGCCGCUGCAAGUUGUUGACUCUGAGCAGGUGCAAUAAUGCGACUCCCGAUCAUGUUGUUUCAUCAUGCUCGUCGUCGUUUUGGGACGUUGCUCAUUUGGGUGUCGAUCCGGGCGCGGAACGGUGCGGAGCCAUGAAGCCCUGUUUCUAUCUAAAGUCUGUUCAGCACAACGCCGUUCGCCUUUCAAACUUUGCUCUCGCUCUCAACGUAACAGCAGCGAGCUCUGAGCUCGAAUGCGAUUGCUCGACGCACGUACUGUCUUUCGUGACAGAGGACGUCGACGUCGAAGGCGCCAAGCGUGCAUUCAUGCUGUCUUCACAUGACCCGCGGCUUCGCCGUUGCGCCAUCUUCCUGUCAAGCUGGCUGAGACAGAAUAAUGGGGCUUGUGAGGCUGACGAUGCCAUAUUUCUUUGCGUUUCACCAAGUGCCUCGUUCACCUUCAAGCCAAAGGUAGAAUUAUGGUCACUGCAUGGCCGGCGGCAGACCACAAUGCACAUUGUUGAAUUCCCUCUGCCCGAUCAGUGCACUGCGCUCCUGAGGCUUGCAUUGUUGACCAACAUCGUCGGCCAUCCCAGUUUGACAGGAGCCCAUGUGGUGGACGUUUUGGUUGAUUCUGGAGACGACGAACUGCUGCACGCAAGGAUUGUCACGUCCCGGAUCAAGGCUGGCGCUAAAAUCAUCUAUGCACAGCCGUUGGGCUUAAAGUUGGACCAGAGUGCGCAUUGCGCCACAUGCUUCGGCAUCAUUUAUUACGCUUUGGCUCCUCCUGCUCUCUCCUUCGUGAAAUAUCUGCUAGAGCAAAAUGUCGCGCGUCCAAAUUCGACAACAUCGCGAGCCAGGGUGAUUUGCCAGGGUAUACGUCGGGACACACAAUGCAUCUGCGCUUUGGGCCAAAGACGAUCAUGGCGCCUCACAGUCGGCAGCGUCGGGGAACAAGGACAAGGGCCAGGAGCAGCAGCAGCAGCAGGAGGAGAGAAGGCCGAGAAGGAGGCGGCGGGCGCUUCAGUUGACCAGGUAGCCACCACCUACGAACGGCGAGCGGCGACAGUUGAGGUGGGCAAUCCAGCCGAGAUGCGUUUAUCACACGCAUACGCACACACACACGCACAAGCAGCAGCACGGCGAGCACGCGUGUUGCAGCUGCGAAAGUGCUUCGCCUCGCCUCGCCUCGCGAUCGGACAUCCCACUACUUCAACAUUCAAAAGCACAAUCAUAAAUGGGCUAGCGCUAACGAUGCGCCUAGAGUGCGAGAGCUUCGUGGUAGGCAGCGUUGGUUGGUCGCCUUCCGGUCCAUCGGCAUGCGAGUCAGUGGAUGAUGCCGCAAAUGUGUCUGAAACACAGCGCAUGCUGACUGCUGAGUUCGAACAUUCGCAGCGCGGGCUCCACACUUCCAGCAUCGCUUGCGAAUGGGCCGGAUGGCUGCCACGCCAGACCCAGAGGUCCGGAGGACCAUCCAUGGGCCAUGAUCCGGCAUGCCAUGCUUGGUCUGGAUGCACAAGCUACUGUACCUGCUGGCCUGCCAUAAUUCCAACGAGCCAUACGGGAUCGAGUUGGAAGGCACGGUAUGAUGGUGAUGGUGAAGACGUUUCGGCGUCCGUCAUGCUCGAUGCCGCUUACAGAACCGAUUCCCAUGAUAUGAUAUAUUGCUGGUGGAGCUUGGUGAAUGAUGAUGCUGAUUCUGAUGAUGAUGAUGAUGAUUAUCUCGUGUUGGAUGAAGAGGCUGUGCAUGUUUGGGUGGUAAUAAUGACGGCCAGGCAGAUACAAGCUUAG